UUUAUCUCUGUAAAGCUGAGCGAAAGGAUAAAUUGAAUGCCAUUGUAGCAAAGGGAAAUAAAAGGAAAAUCAAAGAAUUGGUGGGUGCUGUAGAGCAAUGGCAGAAAGAAAGUCCAUCAAGGCAACUCUGGUUCUUUUUCUGGUACUGUCUCUGCUUCAUUACAGUGCAGAAGAAGGGGAUGCCCUGUUCAGAUGCAGUUAUAAGGUGAAGAAAUCAUUUGAAAUGGGCAACUGCAGCAACAGGACAUUCUUCCCCAGAAAGGAUUUCAAUCCCCUGGUUUUUGCCACUUAUGGGAUUUUUGCGGGCGUCGCGCUAUUUUGGGUGGCUUUUGCGUACCUGUGUUGGGAGUACCUUCAGAUUUCCACAGAGGAUUUUGGUGAAUAUGGCAUAAUGUCACGCCCCAGGAUUCGAUCGCGGGACCAGAAAGCCAAGUCCUGCUGAAGCGUCAGAGCGCAGCAAUGAUUCAAUUUGCUUAGGAAAAAGUCUGGUAAAUAUGCAGAGAAUAGGCAGAGACUUCAUUAGCUUAGAAGUUAAUGUAAGAAGUAAUGUAAUUGUUGUGACUAAUAUUAAGGCAGAGUUAUGAUAAAGUAUGUAACUUUUGUAUUUAGUGUAUGCUCUUUUGAUAUUAUUGGGUAAUUGAGGCAGAGUAAUUCUUAUACUGCUGUUGCUGAAGUAGCUCUUAUGUUGCAGUCUUUUUACUGCAAAUCAAAUGUAACUGUUUCAUGCCUUAUUUCGAUUAAAAUAAAUAAAUUAUCAAUCUUA